AUGCCCCCAGGUUGUCGUCACGAUGGGCACGAGUACCGGCAGCUGGUGAUGCACGAGGUGAUUUCGCAUCCCUACAGCGACUUACCAUCACGGCCAGCGAGCCCCGAUGACGUACCCCUUGCGUACCUCGUCACAGCGCAAACGUACCUCGAGGACAGCGACGCGUCAUGUACAGGCGAAGCACCGCCGUCGUAUGCGGUUGCGGUGCGACAGAGCUACCGCGACACGCUGAUCCAGUACAUUCCGCCGGGCCAAGAGGGGUACGGCGAUGUGGAUGACGAAAGCGAGAUUGGCGUGGACAUGGAGAGGCCGGACGACGUACGGUAUUCUGUGGAGAGGAUUGCGGCUAUGUUUGUGGUUGCGUUUAUAUUGCUGGUUGUGUCGGGCGUGCUGGGGUGGAUGGUGUUGAAUGGGGCGCUGGAGUGA